AUGGAGUCAGAGGGCGAUGGAGUCAGAGGGCGAUGGAGUCAGAGGGCGAUGGAGUCAGAGGGCGAUGGAGUCAGAGGGCGAUGGAGUCAGAGGGUGAUGGAGUCAGAGGGUGAUGGAGUCAGAGGGCGAUGGAGUCAGAGGAGGGUGGUGGAGUCAGAGGGUGAUGGAGUCAGAGGGCGACGGUGUCAGAAAGUGAUGGAGUCAGAGGGCGAUGGAGUCAGAGGGUGGAGUCAGAGGGUGAUGGAGUCAGAGGGCGAUGGAGUCAGAGGGUGGAGUCAGAGGGUGAUGGAGUCAGAGGGUGAUGGAGUCAGAGGGCGACGGAGUCAGAGGGCGAUGGAGUCAGAGGGUGAUGGAGUCAGAGGGUGA